GAAAUGGCCACAGAUGACAAGCCUUCCCCAACACUGGCCUCUGCUCAUGAUUUGCCUCGGUCUCCUACUAGCCCUUCUCACCUCACACACUUUAAGCCUUUGACUCCUGAUCAGGAUGACCCUCCUUUUAAAUCUGCAUAUAGUUCUUUUGUAAAUCUUUUUCGAUUUAACAAAGAGAGAGCGGAAGGGGGCCAGGGAGAGCAGCAGUCUCUGAGUGGAGGUUGGACCAGCCCUCAGCUCCCCACAAGGGCACAAUCUGUGAGAUCACCUAUACCUUAUAAAAAACAGCUUAAUGAAGAACUCCAUCGGCGGUCUUCAACUGUUUUAGAUGCAAGAAGGAAAGCAGAACCUAACUUUGGAGGUCAUGACCCUCGUACAGCUGUUCAACUUCGAAGCCUCAGUACAGUAUUAAAACGCCUCAAGGAAAUCAUGGAGGGGAAAAGUCAGGAUAGUGACCUGAAGCAAUACUGGAUGCCAGAUAGCCAAUGUAAAGAGUGCUAUGACUGUAGUGAGAAGUUUACGACCUUCAGGCGUAGACACCAUUGCCGACUAUGUGGGCAGAUUUUCUGCAGUCGUUGCUGUAAUCAAGAAAUCCCUGGAAAAUUUAUGGGCUACACAGGGGACCUCCGAGCUUGCACAUACUGUAGAAAAAUAGCCUUAAGUUAUGCUCAUUCCACAGACAGUAAUUCCAUUGGGGAAGACUUGAAUGCUCUUUCAGAUUCUGCCUGCUCUGUCUCUAUGCUUGAUCCCAGUGAACCCCGAACACCAGUUGGGAGUAGAAAAGCCAGCCGCAACAUCUUUUUAGAGGAUGAUUUGGCCUGGCAAAGUUUGAUUCACCCAGACUCCUCAAACACUGCUCUGUCCACAAGACUUGUAUCUGUGCAAGAGGAUGCUGGGAAGUCUCCUGCUCGAAAUAGAUCAGCCAGCAUUACCAAUCUGUCACUGGAUCGAUCUGGAUCUCCUAUGGUACCUUCAUAUGAGACAUCUGUCAGUCCCCAGGCUAACCGAACGUAUGUUAGAACAGAGACCACUGAGGAUGAACGCAAAAUUCUUCUGGACAGUGUUCAGUUGAAGGACCUGUGGAAGAAAAUCUGCCAUCACAGUAGUGGGAUGGAGUUUCAGGAUCACCGCUACUGGCUGAGAACACAUCCCAACUGCAUUGUAGGAAAGGAGUUAGUUAACUGGCUAAUCCGCAGUGGGCACAUUGCUACAAGGGCACAAGCUAUAGCAAUUGGACAAGCAAUGGUUGAUGGACGAUGGCUGGAUUGCGUUAGUCAUCAUGAUCAGCUUUUCAGGGAUGAGUAUGCACUGUACAGGCCCCUGCAGAGUACAGAAUUUUCCGAGACACCUUCUCCGGACAGUGACUCCGUGAACUCUGUGGAAGGACACUCUGAGCCAUCUUGGUUUAAAGACAUAAAGUUUGAUGACAGCGACACAGAGCAGAUAGCUGAAGAAGGUGACGAUAAUUUGGCUAAUUCUGCCAGUCCUAGCAAGCGCACAUCAGUCAGCAGUUUCCAGUCCACAGUGGACAGUGACUCAGCUGCUUCUAUCAGCCUGAACGUGGAGCUGGACAACGUGAACUUCCAUAUCAAGAAGCCCUCCAAGUACCCACAUGUGCCCCCUCACCCUGCUGACCAAAAAGAGUAUUUGAUUUCUGACAAUGGAGGACAGCAGCUCUCAAUAAGUGAUGCUUUCAUCAAAGAAUCAUUAUUUAAUCGUCGGGUAGAGGAAAAAUCCAAAGAGCUUCCUUUUACACCUUUGGGCUGGCAUCAUAACAACCUGGAGCUCCUGAGGGAGGAGAAUGGAGAGAAACAAGCUAUGGAGAGAUUGCUCUCAGCUAAUCAUAACCACAUGAUGGCCCUACUCCAGCAGUUGCUCCACAAUGAGUCACUGGCCCCCUCCUGGAGGGACGUUGUUGUGCAGCUGGUCUGCCAGGUUGUCCAGACGGUCCGACCUGAUGUCAAGAACCGGGAUGAUGACAUGGAUAUCCGUCAGUUUGUUCACGUCAAAAAAAUCCCAGGUGGAAAGAAGCAUGAUUCUGUGGUUAUCAAUGGCUUUGUUUGUACGAAGAACAUUGCACAUAAAAAGAUGAAUUCUUGUAUUAAAAAUCCCAAAAUUCUUCUAUUGAAGUGUUCCAUUGAGUAUCUUUACAGAGAAGAAACCAAAUUUACUUGCAUAGAUCCUAUUGUGCUUCAGGAAAGAGAAUUCUUGAAGAAUUAUGUUCAGCGAAUAGUUGAUGUUCGACCUACAUUGGUUCUAGUUGAGAAAACAGUGUCUCGGAUUGCCCAGGACAUGUUGCUGGAACAUGGCAUUACUUUGGUCAUUAAUGUAAAAUCACAAGUUUUAGAUCGAAUCAGUCGGAUGACCCAAGGUGAUUUAGUAAUGUCGAUGGACCAGCUGCUUACAAAACCACACCUAGGCACCUGUCACAAAUUUUAUAUGCAGAUGUUCCAGCUGCCUAAUGAACAAACCAAAACACUGAUGUUUUUUGAAGGCUGUCCACAGCACCUAGGCUGCACCAUCAAGCUUAGAGGAGGCUCUGAUUAUGAACUGGCCCGAGUUAAGGAGAUCCUAAUAUUUAUGAUCUGUGUAGCUUAUCAUUCUCAACUAGAAAUCUCCUUCCUUAUGGAUGAAUUUGCUAUGCCACCCACAUUAACUCAGAACUCUUCCUUCCAUUCUCUGAUUGAGGGGUGUGGGGAAGAAGGGGUUGCACAAGAGCAGUUCAUUGGCAGUCCCCUCCCCCGGGACCCUGACUUCCCUCCUGAGAGGCCACCUGUGGUAUCAGAGGCUCUGCCCUCUGAUGACAGCAGUUUGUUGGACGCAAGGGUUGUGUUUGAGAAGGGUGACCAGGAAAACAAAAGUUCCCUGCAGGAUGUUGCCUCCUUGAAGCAUCAAGAGUGUGCCACAACAGCUUGCCUGUCGGGGAUCCCUUGUGCUCUCUUUUCAUCAUUACCAGAAUCAUUGCUGCCACUCCACAUGGAUGACCAACAGGAUGUCAUUGGCAAUGAGCAACCAGAGACUUUGCAACAAAUAGAUGAGCUACAGGAUCCCAAAAGCCACAUAAGAGCCUUUAGAGACCCUCUACAGGAUGACACCGGAUUAUAUGUUACAGAGGAAGUCACCUCUGAAGAUAAACGAAAGACUUAUUCUUUGGCCUUCAAGCAAGAAUUAAAAGAUGUGAUCCUGUGUAUCUCUCCAGUAAUCACAUUCCGGGAACCCUUCCUUUUAACUGAAAAGGGCAUGAGGUGUUCUACCCGAGACUAUUUCGCAGAACAGGUGUACUGGUCUCCUCUCCUCAAUAAGGAGUUCAAGGAAAUGGAGAGCAGGAGGAAGAAGCAGCUGCUCAGGGAUCUCUCUGGACUUCAGGGCAUGAAUGGAAGUAUUCAGGCCAAGUCUAUUCAAGUCCUGCCCUCACAUGAGCUAGUGAGCACUAGGAUUGCUGAGCAUCUGGGCGAUAGCCAGAGCUUGGGUAGAAUGCUGGCCGAUUAUCGGGCCAGAGGAGGAAGAAUUCAGCAAAAAAAUUUAGAUCCUUUUGCCCAUGCAAAGGAUGCAUCAGGCACUGCCAGUGGCAAAUCAGGAAGCAAAACUGAGAGUGAUGAAGAGAAAGGGUUGAUUCCAAGUGAUGCAUUGUGGUCAACGAAGGUGGACUGUCUGAACCCUGGUAACCACCAGAGGCUGUGCGUGCUCUUCAGCAGCUCUUCGGCGCAGUCCAGCAACGCCCCCAGUGCCUGCGUCAGUCCUUGGAUUGUAACAAUGGAAUUUUAUGGAAAGAAUGAUCUUACAUUAGGGAUCUUUUUAGAGAGAUACUGUUUCAGGCCUUCAUAUCAGUGCCCUAGCAUGUUCUGUGACACCCCCAUGGUGCAUCAUAUUCGGCGUUUUGUCCAUGGCCAAGGCUGUGUGCAGAUAAUUCUGAAGGAAUUGGAUUCUCCAGUACCUGGAUAUCAACAUACAAUUCUCACAUAUUCCUGGUGCAGAGUCUGCAAACAGGUAACACCAGUUGUUGCUCUUUCCAAUGAGUCCUGGUCCAUGUCAUUUGCAAAAUACCUUGAGCUUAGGUUUUAUGGGCACCAGUACACUCGUAGAGCCAAUGCUGAGCCAUGUGGUCACUCUAUCCACCACGAUUAUCACCAGUAUUUCUCUUAUAACCAGAUGGUGGCAUCUUUCAGUUAUUCUCCCAUUCGGCUUCUUGAAGUAUGUGUUCCACUCCCCAAAAUAGUCAUUAAACGUCAGGCCCCACUGAAAGUGUCUCUUCUUCAGGAUCUGAAGGACUUCUUUCAAAAAGUUUCACAGGUAUAUCUUGCUGUUGAUGAAAGACUUGCAUCUUUGAAAACUGACACAUUUAGCAAAACUAGAGAGGAAAAAAUGGAAGAUAUCUUUGCACAAAAAGAGAUGGAGGAAGGAGAAUUUAAGAACUGGAUUGAGAAGAUGCAAGCAAGGCUCAUGUCUUCCUCUGUAGAUACUCCUCAGCAACUGCAGUCAGUCUUUGAGUCGCUCAUUGCAAAGAAACAGUGUCUCUGUGAAGUACUGCAAGCUUGGAAUAACAGGCUGCAGGACCUUUUCCAGCAAGAAAAGGGUAGAAAACGACCUUCAGUUCCUCCAAGUCCUGGAAGACUGAGACAAGGGGAAGAAAGCAAGAUAAGCACAAUGGACGCAUCCCCACGGAAUGCUUCUCCGGGACUUCAAAAUGGAGAAAAAGAGGAUCGCUUCUUAACAACCCUAUCCAGUCAGAGCUCCACCAGUUCUACCCAUCUCCAGUUGCCAACUCCACCUGAAGUCAUGUCUGAGCAGUUGGGAGGAGGACCCCCUGAACUAGAUACAGGCAGCAGUUCCGAAGAUGUAUUUGAUGGACAUUUGCUGGGAUCCACAGAUAGCCAGGUGAAGGAGAAGUCAACCAUGAAAGCCAUCUUUGCAAAUUUGCUUCCAGGAAAUAGCUAUAAUCCUAUUCCCUUUCCUUUUGAUCCUGAUAAACAUUACUUGAUGUAUGAACAUGAACGGGUACCCAUUGCUGUCUGUGAGAAGGAACCCAGCUCCAUCAUUGCUUUUGCUCUCAGUUGUAAAGAAUACCGAAAUGCCUUAGAGGAGUUGUCCAAAGCGACUCUGUGGAACAGUGCGGAAGAAGGGCUUCAAACAAAUAGUACUUUAGACAACAGACCAAAGAGCAGCAGCCCUAGUAGAUUACCUGAUAUCAGUGGAGGACAGACAAACCGGACAGCAGAAGCAGAACCACAACCAACCAAAAAGGCUUCUGGAGUGUUGUCUUUCUUCCGAGGGACAGCAGGGAAAAGCCCUGACCUCUCUUCCCAGAAGAGAGAGACCUUACGUGGAGCAGACAGUGCUUACUACCAGGUCGGGCAGACGGGCAAGGAGGGCAUGGAGAAUCAAGUCAGUGAGCCUCAAGAUGAGGCAGAUGGAGGAGAUACACAAAAGAAACAACUCACAAAUCCUCAUGUGGAGCUUCAAUUUUCUGACGCUAACGCCAAGUUUUACUGUCGGCUCUACUACGCGGGAGAGUUUCAUAAGAUGCGUGAAGUGAUUCUGGGCAGCGGUGAAGAAGAUUUCAUUCGUUCUCUUUCCCACUCAUCACCAUGGCAGGCCCGAGGGGGCAAAUCAGGAGCUGCUUUCUAUGCGACAGAAGAUGAUAGAUUCAUUUUGAAGCAAAUGCCUCGUCUAGAAGUCCAGUCUUUCCUCGACUUUGCACCACACUACUUCAAUUAUAUUACAAAUGCUGUUCAACAAAAGCGGCCCACUGCAUUGGCCAAAAUUCUUGGAGUUUACAGAAUUGGUUAUAAGAACUCUCAGAAUAACACUGAGAAGAAGUUAGAUCUCCUUGUCAUGGAAAAUCUUUUCUAUGGGAGAAAGAUGGCACAGGUAUUUGAUUUGAAGGGUUCUCUUAGGAAUCGAAAUGUGAAAACCGAUACUGGGAAAGAGAGUUGUGAUGUAGUUCUGCUGGAUGAAAAUCUCUUAAAGAUGGUUCGAGACAACCCACUGUAUAUCCGUUCUCAUUCCAAAGCUGUGCUGAGAGCCUCAAUCCAUAGCGACUCCCAUUUCCUUUCUAGCCACCUCAUUAUAGAUUAUUCUUUGCUGGUUGGUCGAGAUGAUACCAGCAAUGAGCUGGUAGUUGGAAUUAUUGAUUAUAUUCGGACAUUUACAUGGGACAAAAAGCUUGAAAUGGUUGUAAAAUCAACAGGAAUUUUAGGAGGACAAGGUAAAAUGCCAACUGUUGUCUCUCCAGAAUUGUACAGGACUAGAUUUUGUGAAGCAAUGGACAAGUAUUUCCUGAUGGUACCAGACCACUGGACAGGGUUGGGUCUGAACUGUUGAAGUGUGAAGCACAUGUUUUGAAAUGGACUAUAAAGGACAGGGGCCUAGAGGAAAGGACCAAAAA